UAUGGGUCAGUGCUUAGCCAAGAGAAAGCAAGGGGAGAUGGUACUUGGUCAGGUAGACGGUCACUGAGGUCAAGCAAGAAUAGCUUGAAUCAGCUUUCUGGUUUUCAGGACGUCAGUUCCGUAACUCGCCUAACAUCACCUUCUCAGACUGUGAAGGGAAGACGAGAUUGCCGCUUUUAUAAGUGUUAGUCCUGCCCCUAUAAUCCCAAUCUAAGCAUGAUUACUAAACAAUUAUCAUGAUGGUAUCCCAACACUCACGCUAAAUAAAACAUCAUCGCCUACCCUGCCAAGAGCGGAUGAACACACCAACAGUUCUUCUGCUUUAUCGUGGUAUUAUGCAUAAAAAGAUGUUUUAUCUUGCCUACUGUUAUCCAAAAACACCAAAACUGUUGCUUAUUAAUGAAAUCAUGUAUAAGGUGUGUUCACAUUCCUGACUGGGGCAAAAGUUUCAACACUUUCCAAGAAAUCUAGAAGGACUUUUUUAGAGGCUGUGAGGCCUGGCGUCUUGCUGCUGUUAGGCCUACAUCGUUACCGUGAUGGACAGGGGAGCUCCCGACUUGAGAGAGGAGCAAAAGAUGGCUAAAAGUUUGAUCUCCAGUGUUAACACGGAGAAGGAACAUCCUGGGCCUAGCCUAGUGAUGAGAGACUACAGCCCAUGCCAAAAGGAUCAUGCUCAAUUGUGAAUUCUGUUUCUGCCAUGUGUGUGCGUGAGUCUGUGUGUGUAAUGCAGUGGUAACUUUUUGGUGUUUUUGCAAAGGGGUUUCUAAAGCUUUAUGUUACAUAAAAUGUACUGAAACCAGCAGGUGAGUUCUGUUGAAUUGAGUAUUAAUCCUUUUGUUUCAUUUUACAAUCUGCCGUGUUUGUUUAGUGGACUAAAGUGUAUCUCUUAACAUGUCAUAUCAAUGUGACAGGUCUGCAGUGCUCAUUUUACAGUGACAUUUGAGUGCUCAGUUACUAAAAGCUAAGAAGUUGUAACUCAGAACACAAGGCAUAUAUCCAAGGUUUUUGAUGCAAUAUUUGUUUAAUAGUCUCUCUGUACUUGCAGUAGUUAUGCAUUUUCUCAUCAUCUCAUAAUUUUUCUGUAAACAGGAAACUAUUCAUCUUGUAAAAGAUGCCGCAAAAAGCCGUGUUAACAGUUCAAGUUGUUGGUGCCGCAGAACCUCCACCAGCUGCUGGGCACAUGUUGGAAUGGGGGCGGGGUAAAUCAUGAGGUUUAUAGUUGAUUCUCUCUGACUCAGCAGUGGGACAGUGACCUGGGAUGUGUUUGUGGAAGUGUGGCUCUGGUGUGAGCAACAAAAUGCAGAUCCAAGCACUCUGGGUGGCGAUCUGGGAAUUCCUGUUAUCUGUGCCUGUCCUGCUUCCUGGAGCAGCAGCCGCACAAGAAUAAUAUCGUUUCUGACGCGAACGCCACAUAUGCUUCUGCAUGGAGCUGAACGCGAGGAACGCCAACGUGCCUUCUCGCUCGUCCGUGCAGCGGAGGCAGAGAAAUGGGAGAUUUCUCCAAUCCCUUUCUCUGUGAGGUUCCCCAGGUCAGUUCUGUAAAGUUCAGUUCUGCUCCCCCCCACGUCUCUGUUUCUCCGAGGGCUGGGCUGAUGGAUUACCGUGUGGCUGUGAUGAGGUCCGUGUUCUGUUGCAUGCAAGGUCACUACAGCCGUUCACGCCAGAUCCGAACAGCGAUGAGACUACGUGGAAACAUUUCACUGAGCACAGGCAUGACUCUGCUUCCGAAGAAUGGAGUCAAGCGGUAAGAAGUCAGCUGAGGCCUCUUGCUGAGCGCUCUCCAGUCGACUCCAGGCGGUGCUCGGCAGGGCCCCGGGGGUUGCUGGGAAAUGAAGUCCGGUCUGAAGAAAUGGCGUCGGCUCGCCUUGGGCCUCAUGCUCACCUGGGUGCUGCUUUUCUUUGCCCUCUUCACCUACUUCAUGGAGUCACGCGUGGACCAGCACUCCGCCGCCGGGCUGGCGCACGCCGACACCCGCCGCCUGACCUCCGUACAGGGCAACACCCGCUCUCGCCAGGAGCCGCACGCCGGCCCCACGUCCCCGGUCGCCGGGGGCCAGCGAGGACGGGGCCCGGAGCAGAGCCCCAGCCGGGAGGCCAUGGCAGGCGGGCUCAGCCCGGAGCUCUUCCCUCGCAUAGACCACCAGAUCUUGCCCGCCUGGUCCGCCAUCGGCACCCGCGAUGUGGGUCCGCGCCCGGGCGCGGCGACCCGUGAGCAGAGGAGGCAACGAGAUGUCCAGGAGGAGGAGGAGGAAGAAGUGAUGGGAGAAGAGGUGGAAGGGAACGAGGAAGAACAGAGCUUCACGACGAGACGGGCGGCAGCCGACGGCUUGGACGACUCCGACCUGGAUGAGUAUUACUCCUCCAAAUCCACGUCUGUAGUGCAGCGCCUGUGGAAGGGCAAUGUGUCACUGGGCAUGCUCAGUCCGCGCCUGCAGAGGGCCAUGAAGGACUACCUGAGCUCCAACAAACACGGCGUGGCCUACAGGGGGCGCCGGAGUCCCCGGCAGAGCAGCAAGCAGGUGCUGUGUGAGCUGAAGAAGAGGAGCAGGGUGCGCACGCUGGACGGAGCAGAGCUGCCGUUCUCCACGCUGGGCUGGAGGAAGAUCGUCCCUGACGCCCCCCUCAGGCAGCUCUACGGCUCCGGGUUCCACUCCUGUGCAGUGGUCACCUCGGCGGGGGCCAUCCUCCACUCCGGCCUGGGCAGGGAGAUCGAUUCCCAUGAUGCUGUUUUGAGGUUCAAUUCAGCCCCUACUGAGGGCUACGAAAGGGACGUGGGCGAAAAGACCACCAUACGCAUCAUCAACUCUCAGAUCAUGGCUAACCCCACCUAUCGCUUCAACUCCAGUCUGCUGUACAGGAACGUGACCUUGGUGGCCUGGGACCCUGCGCCCUACAAGGUCAACCUGCGCGAAUGGUACAAGAGCCCCGACUACAACCUGUUCACGCCAUACGUGGAGCACAGGAAGAAGCAUCCCACGCAGCCCUUCUACAUCCUGCAUCCCACGUUCACCUGGCGCCUGUGGGACGUGGUCCAGGGCAACACACUAGAGAACAUCCAGCCCAACCCACCCUCAUCUGGAUUCAUCGGGAUCGUGCUGAUGAUGUCGCUAUGCGAGGAAGUCCACGUGUACGAGUACAUCCCGUCGCUCCGGCAGACAGAGCUGUGCCACUACCACGAGCGCUACUACGACGCUGCCUGCACCCUCGGUGCCUACCACCCGCUGCUCUACGAGAAGAUGCUCAUCCAGCGCAUCAACUCCGGCUCUGAGGGUGACCUGAAGCACAAGGGUAAGGUCACGCUCCCGGGUUUCGGCACCAUCCACUGUGAUCCCUGAACUCUAACCCCAUCCUCCCCCCCCACCCCUCACCCCGGAGACAAGGGUGCAAUAAUCGUGACCUGUGGACAUCUGGACGCUGGGCUUGUCCUCAGCACCACAGAGGAAACCGAGGACAGUGGACCAGACAGGCAGAAGCUCUUGAUGACAGUCUUAAAAGUUGCUUUCUCUGAGCCUUGUGUGAUUUUAGAGGUCAUUAGGUAGCAAUACGGUUGUAACAAGAAACGGCUUUUUUAAAAUUUAGGUACCUGUUGAUUAUGCUGUGGCCAGCCAUCACGUGACAACAUGGAGGAUGUUUGUGGCUUUGUGAUGGACUAGUUUUUGGGGUGUUUUUUUAUUAAAAAGGGGCAUGAGGGCAAAAACAGAGGUUGUUAAACGUUGAACACUCGAAGUCAUCUACACUGAAUACCACCAGGCUGUUUUGGACAUACACGGUAUGUAACAAUUAAGGUGAUUUUUAACAUUUUGUUGUAUUACGUAUUCCUUUUUUUUUAUAAAUGGUUGUACAUUUUAUCAUCGAUCAUAUUUGUCUUGAAUAAUUUAUCAGCUCUGUGGGGGUGUAGGUUUUUUUCUUUGCUGUAUUACAAUUUUCAUAGCUGUGCACGAACACCUUUGGAAACAGUGUUCUUCCGAGACUGCCGUCUGACCUGUGACUCUUUCUUCAGGACACUCAAGCCCGUACGAUUUAAAGUACCAGUGGCCGUGUCAGACUUUUGGCUGUUGAACAACAAGCAGACUGAACAGGCGUGAAGGUCCCCGUGGAUACAGCCAUGGGGGGUGGUGGGCCACUCACGGCGUUUCAAAAUAACAUUUUCUCAAACUUUUGCAAGGAUGUUUUAAUGGUGGCAGUAGCGGUGUUGUGGUGUUUUUUUGCGUUGGUUUUCUAAUGUUUAACGCAGCGUGGCCUGGCUGUCCCGCGCGGUCCCAGGAGCCGACGGACCCUCUCGUGCUCCCUAUGCUGGCGUACUUAAAAGCGAAUGAUGACGACACUUUCUCUAGCACUGGAUAUAAAAGCUUUUUAUUUCAACUGACGAUGAUUUUUACCUUCACCUUGCAUUUUAUCUAACGUGUAAAAAAAACAAAAAACUUUGUUUUUUUUUUCUUUUUUACUGAUGGAAGUAUUUUUGUGUAUAUACCCUAUUUCAGUAUUUGACAUUUUAUUCGUAAGUGAAAAGACUUGUAUGCUAAUAUUUGUUUGUGCCGGAGGAUGUGAUCUAAGAUCUGUGAAGACGUUUGAUACCAGUUAUUACAGUUCACAGCAGUUUUCUACUCAGGUGUACGCUAGUCUCUGAAGUCUCUAUUCAGUGAAAUACCCACAUCUUUUCUCUUAGUCAUAGACUUGGACGUAUACAAGUCUGUGUAUAGACUGUGUUGCUUUGCUGUGUAACUUUCUGCAGUGUUGAAGGUUUGGUCAGAUGGACGCUGAUGGUAUCUCACGGAAGAAUACCAGUUUUCACCUGGAGUCUGGUUAUAUUACGAGGCUUUUAAAAGUAUGGGAACUGAGCAACUUGGGCUUUGAUGUGCCACUGGUGUUGAAUCCUGCUGUUCUGUGUGUGUAGUAUAACGGCACGUUCGUGUCUGGUUAGUUGGACUUGGUGGGGCAGGGAACCUCCGAUUCUGUGGCGCCAACUUCAACUGUCCCAUCACCCCACUGUAUGAUCUGACGUACCUCCUCAAAAAGAUUGAGCUUCUCUCUUUACGUAUGUAACCCGUCCUGUUGGCUCGUGAGUACCGGGCUUUCUCAGUGUUUAGAAGAAUGUGCUUCUGUUCACUGGGUGGCGCUCUCUCUGGCCACAUCCUCACGUCUACAGUAAUGUAAUGUCUUUCUCCUGUGAGAUAAUGGUUGGGGGGGCGGUGUUCAGAUUUGCCAAUCAAGGCUGUGCUCCUCUGGCUCACAUGUCUGUCUAAAGAGUCCCAGUGUGCCAGUGAGUGGUUCGUUACUGUUGUUGAUACAACCACUUCAGUUUUACUUAAAUCCACUGUCUGUAAUUAUUAGAAACCAAACUGGUCAUAGCAUGCUAAGUAGUGAGGCUUCUAACAAGCUCUUUGUUUUAAACAAACUUUCUUCAGUCAGGGGUAAUAAGUAAGCUAGGGAAAGUUUAACUUUUCAAUGUGAAGUUAUCGUUUUGGAUAACGGGAUUAAAGCACUACUGCUUGGAUGGCGUAUUUGAGCUGAUCAGUGCAGUGAUUUGAGUACGAACAGUAAAGAUGAAAUGAAUAUUCAGUGUUGUGUCUUUGCACAGACAGUAAGGGUGUGUCCUCUCUCCCUCCCUCUCUCUCUCCCUCCCUCUCUCUCUCUCUCUCUCUCUCUCUCUCUCUCUCUCUCUCUCUCUCUCUCCAUCAACAGUCCAGUCUAGAUGUAGUUAUAAAAUUGGGAAGCAUUGUAGUUUGUUUUUCGCUCUACACUCCAAAUAUGAAGGAUCUGUUCUUUCCCUCUCUCUCUCACACACUCACUCUCGUCACCACAUGGCCUUUUUAAUAAUUGUGGUGAAGAUAGUGUUUGGAGCCUAAUCUGAUGACUGCAGAUAUCUGCAUUUUUAGGCCAGUCCACUUUCAAGAGCCAUCGGAUGCUAUGGACGGCACAUUUCUUUCUUCAUUGUUAAUGCAGAUUUCAUGACAAAACUUGAAUCUGGUUUUAAAUUACCUUGCGUAUUGUUAAUCAUUUUAUAACAUGUAAAUAAAAAUAAUAGUGAUGCUUUUACUGGGACACAAAUAAAAUACCACUGAAAGCCA